AUGGCUGCCAAAGACAACGCAUGGCGUUCGUUCCAGGAAGAAAUGAAACGAAAACGGACAAAAGUUGGGGCAAAGGAUCGUAAAUGGGUAAAGAAAUCUGAACUAGUCGUUCAACGUCUCGGUGCCGAAGUGGCAGGCAAAGUGCAGAAAUUUUCUAGAGUGGGUCUGUGAGAAUUUGUACCCUAUGACCCAGACGAAGAUUUGACGCUAGAGGGUAUAAAAUCAGCAUGUGAAAAACAUUUCGCUCGUACUCUGUCUGGAAAUCUUAAGUAUGAUGUACUAGCUGGCGAACAAGGACCCUCCUGCAAAACAUUAGACCGGGUACCCAAUGUUACUAAGCUGAUUCAUGUUCGCUUUAUGAAAUGUGAUGAGAACGACAUGUAUAAAGGUAUAAACAGUGACAGCUCUGACAAAGGUACCCAACGACACGUGAAAGGAAAACAAACCCCAAAAUCCUGCGGUGCCUUCACCUCCCAAAGUUUCGCCAGCUACAAGUCAAUAUUAUCCUAA